AGCUUUCUGGGAUGGAAGAUGGAAGACAAAGGGGCUCGUGUUGCUGACUAUUUUGUUGUGGCAGGACUGACCGAUACUUCCAAACCACUGGAGGAAGAAAUCCACUUCAACGAUGCUUGCCAUAAACUUGCAAAACCAAAAGAGCCAAUCACAGAUCUGGCGGUAGUAAUUAAAUCUCUUGGAGAAGAGGUGCCCCACGGAUACAAAUGCCUAGAUGUCACCCCGUCGGGACUGUCGGCGGAUCUCAACAAUGGCAGCCUCGUGGGGCCACAGAUAUACCUUUGCUACAGGAGGGGAAGAGACAAACCCCCACUCACUGAUCUGGGUGUUUUAUAUGAUGGGAAAGAGCGAUUAAAACAGGGCUGUGAAAUAAUCCAGUCUACUCCAUACGGCCGCCCUGCGAAUAUCAGUGGAGGAGCGUCAUCGCAAAAAGUAUACAUCACAUACCGAAGAGCCUUGGAGAAUAUGACCCCGAAUACCCUGGCUGUAACAGAUAUAUGCAUAAUUGUCCCAAGCAAGGGAGAAACCCCACCACACACAUUCUGCAAAGUUGACAAGAAUCUCAACAACAGUAUGUGGGGCUCAGCGGUGUACUUGUGCUAUAAGAAAUCUGUGGCGAAAACAAACACAGUAUCAUAUAAAGCAGGUUUACUCUGUAGGUAUCCAGAAGAUGACUAUGAUUCAUUCCCCUUACCAGUAUCGGUACCUCUUUUUUGCCUCCCAAUGGGAGCAACGAUCGAAUGCUGGCCAGCUAAUAGCAAGUAUCCCCUCCCUGUUUUUUCUACGUUUGUACUGACUGGAGCUUCAGCUGAAAAGGUGUAUGGUGCUGCUAUUCAAUUCUAUGAAACGUAUCCUGAAGAGAAUCUCACAGAAAAGCAGAAAUCUCAACUGGGUUUAGCAACAACUCCUGACAGGAAAUUCACUAGUUCCAAAACGGUCCAGACUAACAAAUGCAUCUGCCUUCUUUCUCACUGGCCUUUCUUUGACGCUUUCAAGAAAUUUCUAACCUUUCUCUACCGUUAUUCCAUCUCUGGUCCUCAUGUUCUGCCCAUUGAGAAGCAUAUUUCGCAUUUUAUGCACAAAGUUCCUUUUCCAUCCCCACAGAGGCCCAGAAUUUUAGUCCAGCUAUCACCUCAUGACAGUUUGAUCCUUAGCCAACCUAUAUCAUCACCUCUACCACUGAGCGGUGGCAAGUUUUCUACUCUUCUGCAGAAUCUUGGACCUGAGAAUGCAGUAAAUCUCCUUGUAUUUGCAGUGACUGAACAUAAAAUCCUUAUCCAUUCUUUACGGCCUUCUGUCCUAACAAGUGUAACAGAAGCACUUGUCUCUAUGAUAUUUCCUUUCCAUUGGCCAUGCCCGUACAUUCCUCUUUGCCCUCUGGCCCUGGCAGAUGUUUUGACUGCGCCAUGCCCGUUUAUAGUGGGAAUUGAUUCGAGAUACUUUGAUCUCUAUGAUCCUCCACCAGAUGUUAGCUGCGUCGACCUAGAUACAAACACCAUUUCACAACCUGGAGAGAAGAGAAAUAUUGCAUGGAAGAUCUUGCCGAAAAAGCCUUGCAAAAACCUGUUGAACACUUUAAAUAACUUGUAUCAGCAGCUAGCAGAAUUGCAGCAAAGGCCAACGGAUGACGCUUUGAUGGAACUGGCUAUGAAUGACUACGACUUCCAUUCAGGAAAGAAGAUGCACUUAUUAGAUGCGGAGAUCCAGGAGGCAUUCCUCUGUUUCAUGGCCUCUCUUCUGAAAGGUUACAGAUCAUACCUUAGGCCUAUUACUCAAGCACCUUCUGAAACAGCAACAGAUGCCAGCUCUCUCUUUGAACUGCAAGGAUUCUUAAAAAGCCGUGAUCGUUCGCAUCAGAAGUUUUACACUAUGAUGACCAAGACACAGAUGUUUAUCCGCUUCAUUGAAGAAUGCUCCUUUGUCAGUGAUAAAGAUACAAGCCUUGCGUUUUUCGAUGAUUGCGUAAACAAAGUAGAUACGGAUAGGACUGGUGAUGUACAUCUUAUAGAACUGGAUGAGUCCUACAGAAGUGAGCAUACCGUGUUCAUAACUCCUCCAGAGAUUCCUCACCUUCCCAAUGGAGAAGAGCUUCCUUCUCAGUACAGCUAUAAUGGAUUUCCUGUGCUGAGGCAAGACUUGUUUGAACGGCCGGUGGGACUCCUGACAACACGGAACAGCAAAAUGCCCUCCAAAGCCAGCAAUCCCAACAGCCCAUUGCCCAUGUUCAGGAGAACAAAGCAGGAAAUCAAGUCGGCCCAUAAGAUCGCAAAGAGGUACUCCUCUAUUCCGCAGAUGUGGUCCAGGUGCCUGCUACGCCACUGCUACGGCCUGUGGUUUAUCUGCCUUCCUGCGUAUGUCAAGGUGUGCCAUUCCAAAGAGAGGGCUUUGAGGACGGCCUACGAUGUGCUGAGAAAAAUGCAUGCCAAAAAGAUCGAUCCCCCUGAAGAGGUGUGCUAUCGGGUGUUAAUGCAGCUGUGUGGACAGUACGGCCAGCCGGUGCUAGCGGUGAGAGUCCUUUUCGAAAUGAAAAAAGCUGGAGUUGAUCCAAAUGCUAUUACAUAUGGAUACUACAACAAGGCUGUUUUGGAAAGCCCCUGGCCUUCAAGCAAUCGAAGUGGCUACUUCUUGUGGACAAAGAUAAGGAACGUGGUCUUGGGAGUAGCACAGUUUAAAAGAGUGCUAAGGAAGCAACCGGCUAAUGGCAUCCACAAAGGCCUUUCUGGAGAGCAUUCAGAUCUCCUGUACAAGCUGUCCAAAGAAGUGGUCAAGCAUAGGAAAGGAACUGUUCAGAAGAAUGGAGAAGCAAAGGAAGAGAAGAAAGAGAGCGACUCGAGCUCUCUGUCAGAAGCAGAGAGUGGAAAGGGAAGCGGGGACUGCCUUCCUGCGUUAAACUAUCAACAUUCCAACAACGUUAAGCACACUUCAAGGAUCGUUCGAGUUAAUAGUGCCAUUAGCAAAGCUGUGGGUAUAGCAGGAGAUGUUGACACAGAAAGCCCUGCAGGAUUGCUGUUCUCAUCUUGUUUGGAGGAUACCAACAAAACAAGAAUUUCUAAAGCGGAACACUUAAGAAACCGGCACUCGAGCAUAGCUGACACAGACCACAGACGGAUGGUUUGGAGAAACAGGAAUCGCAAUCUGAGUGGUGAUGCCCUGUUAGAGCUCAUGAAAAACCGAAUCAACCAAGAAGUGAGUCCUGGAGAAGUUGUAGAAAAACUAGGCGCGAAUGCAAAAAUCUUUUCUAAAGUAUUUGAUAAGAGAAUAAGGCCGAAGACUCUCAACAUCAGACCAUCUUCCUUGGCUCCCAAUAAGAAAAGAGACGUGGAUAAAGAAUCCAGUGAUGAGGACGCACCCUUUGAGAACAGUUUCACAGACAAAAUUGAGUCCCCGGUUAUAUUUGAUUUAGAAGACCUGGACAAUGAGCCUGUCUUGGCAAAAACUGUAAAGCUGCCAAACAGAAGGCCCAAGAGGAUUCAGCGUGCCAUCAGCUUCCCAGUCAAGCCCAUUGAGAAAACAGACGUCGAAACUGGAUUCGAUCCACUCUCAUUGCUGGCGGCCGAGUCAAAACAUCAGCCGGAGGAUGAGGAGGAAGCUGAUGAUAAAAGUACCUCAACCCCAUCCACCAGGCGAGAUUUAGCCGAAGAAAUAGAGAUGUAUAUGAACAAUAUGAGUAGUCCCUUAACGAGCCGCACGCCAAGCAUAGACUUGCAAAAAGCGUACAAUGACAAGAACACCCAUAAAACCAGCCCAACUCUGGCGCAGUCAGGCCGGAGGUCUAGCCUCCCUCCAAACUCACCCAGGCCAGUGAGCCUUACCAAAUCCAAAAGCUGCCAGGUUAAAAAUGAAGAAAGAGUAAGAAACAGACUUUGGUCCUCUCCAACUUUCUCUCCAAACAGUCUAGCAAGGGGACAAUCUGAGGAUAUGGCCAGCAUGGCAAUGCUCGCCUCUCCAACCUCAUUCAAUUUGGAUACGCUGCUGAUUCCUACCUUUGACAUUCUAAAGAGCAGCAUGUUUUCUGCGGGGAAAGGGGUUGCGGAGAAGGCCGGCAGGUGGUACUCCAAGUUUACGACAUAUGCGGGAUCGUCAAAGGAUCAAAACUCAGACCAAGCAAGCGUUUCAUCCCUUGGGGCUCUGGAUUCAGAAUCCACCUCUCUGACUGAUGACGAUAUCUGCAAUGAUUUUGAAAGUGCAUCGUCCCCUCAAGAAAACAUCUCCACUGUGCUGAAGGGUAUCGGCCUAAGCAGAGCAAGCCUUGAAAGUUCGGCUUCUCAUAAUUGCCCGUCAAAGCGAUUCUCGCAGUGCGGCUCUCUUUCAAAGUUCCCUUUGCCGGACAGAUCAGACCUGUUGUCGUCUUGCAGUACAAGCAGUGCGAGCAUGUUCCAGAACUACGCAAUGGAGGUCCUCAUCUCAAGCUGCUCACGUUGUCGAACCUGCGACUGUCUAGUCCACGAUGAGGAGAUCAUGGCAGGCUGGACGGCAGAUGAUUCCAACCUGAACACCACGUGCCCCUUCUGUGGGAAUCUAUUCUUGCCUUUCCUGAACAUUGAAAUCAGAGACCUCCGUGGCCCCGGAAGAUAUUUCCUGAAGUCCAGUCUGUCUUCAGAGAACAUGCAACUUUCAACCCAGACUGCAAGAUCCUGCCUCUCUGACUCCUCUUCAGGAUGUACUACAUGUCUAAUAUCUGCACAGGAUGACUUGCAUUCAAACAACAAGUCCAAACAACUUGACGCCCCCUGUGCCAGGAGCAUUCAGAUCCCUUCUGGAAUAAGACAGGGGGCCACUAGGGAUGAGCACACCAGUCACCCCCUGUCGAGGAGCAUUAGCAUCUACGGUCCCCUGGAGGCAGAGGCAAAAGGGAGCUGCAAACAUUGCCACGUCGUCCCCACGGGGAGCCUGCCGACCACAUUGCAGGGCACGGCUGACCCUUUGGGGCUGGAGUGGCGAUUACCCAGCCCAGAGCCCAUUACAGUCCCUUAUCUGAGCCCCCUUGUCGUGUGGAAGGAGCUUGAAAGUUUGCUGGAGAACGAAGGGGAUCACGCGAUCACAGUGGCAGACUUUGUAGACCACCAUCCCAUUGUGUUCUGGAAUCUCGUGUGGUAUUUCAGACGCCUGGACUUGCCCAGUAAUUUGCCAGGAUUAAUACUGUCCUCUGAGCAUUGUAAUAAAAAUUCAAAGAUUCCCCGAAACUGUAUCUCAGAGGACAGCAAACACGUUCUCAUUCAGGUGUUGUGGGACAACAUGAAGUUGCACAAAGAUCCAGGCCAGCCUCUUUAUAUUCUGUGGAAUGCGCAGACUCAAAAUUACCCCAUGGUUCGCUUACUGCAGAAUGACGACAGUUCGUUUAACCACGAGCUUUUAAGAAACAUGGUCAAGAGCAUUAAGAUGAACGACGUCUACGGCCCAAUGAGUCAGAUCCUAGACAGACUGAAAAAGUGCCCACAGAUGAAAAGGCAAAGGAGUCUGUACAGAGAAAUAUUAUUUCUGUCUCUUGUGGCUCUUGGAAGAGAUAACAUUGACAUAGAUGCUUUUGACAGAGAGUACAAAAUGGCAUACGAUCGACUUACAGCAAAUCAGGUCAAAAAUACCCACAACUGCGACAGGCCUCCAAGUACGGGAGUCAUGGAAUGUCGGAAGCUUUUUGGGGAGCCAUACCUCUGA